UGAUUGACAGGUGGUGGAGUGCAGGCUGGAGUCCGGCGGAGCUCCGUCAGUCCCAGGAAACAUGGCUCGACUGGUGGAGUGUGUCCCCAACUUCUCUGAGGGCCGAGACCAACAGGUGAUCGAUGCCAUCUCGGCAGCCAUCUCCGGGACGGCCGGCUGCAGCCUGCUGGACGUCGACCCCGGAGCGUCCACCAACCGAACCGUGUACACCUUCGUGGGCUCGCCGGAGGCCGUGGUGGAGGGAGCGCUGAGCGCCGCGCGGCAGGCCUUCAGCCUCAUCGACAUGACCAAACAUUCAGGCGAGCACCCGCGGACCGGAGCGCUGGACGUCUGUCCCUUCAUCCCCGUCCAGAACGUCAGCAUGGACGACUGCGUCCGCUGUGCCGAGGAGUUUGGACGGAAGCUGGCGGAGACGCUGCACGUCCCCGUUUAUCUUUACGGAGAAGCAGCUCGACUGGAGUCCAGGAGGAAUCUGCCGUCGGUGAGAGCCGGAGAAUACGAAGCUCUACCAGACAAGCUCAAACGGGAGGAAUGGGCCCCCGACUUCGGCCCCGCCUCCUUCGUUCCCUCCUGGGGGGCCACGGUCACCGGCGCCCGCAAGUUCCUCAUCGCCUACAACGUGAACCUGAUCGGAACCAAAGAGCAGGCUCACCGCAUCGCGCUGGACGUCCGGGAGCAGGGCCGGGGGAAACAACAGCCGGGGCGGCUGCAGAAGGUCCAGGGUUUGGGCUGGUACCUGGACGAGGCCAACGUGGCUCAGGUGUCCACCAACAUCCUGGACUACGAGGUGACGUCCCUCCACACCGUCUACGAGGAGAUCUGCAAGGACGCCGAGGAACUGAAGCUGCCGGUCGUCGGCUCCCAGAUCGUGGGCCUGAUUCCUCUCAAAGCUGUGCUGGACGCCGCCGACUUUUACAUCCAGAGAGAUCGACUCUUCGUCAUCGAAGAGGAGCAUAAAGUCCGGCUGGUGGUCAGUAAACUCGGCCUGGACUCGCUCGGCCCGUUCAGCCCCAACGAGAGGAUCAUCGAGUACAUGGUGAAGGACCAGGAGGAAGGGAAGCUGGCGUCCUUGUCCCUGCAGAAGUUUGUCCACAGCGUCGGGGCUCGGACCGCCGCUCCUGGAGGGGGAUCGGUGUCGGCCGCCAUCGCCGCCAUGGGGGCGGCGCUGGGCGCCAUGGUGGGCCAGAUGACCUACGGGAAGAGGCAGUUUGAGAACCUGGACGGGAUCAUCAGGAGGCUGAUUCCCCCGUUCCACCGGGCCAUGAACGAACUGCUGCGCAUGGUGGACGCAGACGCAUCCGCCUUCAACAGCUACAUGGCGGCGCUGAAAUUACCAAAGACUUCUGUGGAAGAAAUAAAGAGGAGAGAGGCGGCGAUGCAGGACGGUUUAAAACAAGCCGUAGCCGUGCCGCUAGCGCUAGCGGAGCGGAUCAGCGCCCUCUGGGGGCCGAUGAAGGAACUGGUGGUUUACGGGAACGUCAGCUGCAAGUCCGACGCCCAGGUUGCAGCUAAAGCGCUGGAGGCCGGUGUGUUUGGAGCUUAUUACAACGUGAUGAUUAACCUUAAAGACGUCACCGACGACGCCUUCAGAGACACCACUCGGAGACGGGCGUCGGAGUUGUUACAGGAGGCCAAGGACGCCGCCGCCGCUAUCCUGGACUCUGCUGACCAGAGACAGUAGAGACGACCCAGGACCAGGUCCAGGACCAGGUCCAGGUCCAGGACCAGGUCCUGGACUCUGCUGACAGGAGACAAUAAAGACUGUGUUUCAGACCUAAUAAAGCUGCAUGUUG